ACGCCAUGACUUCAACGAAGCGGCUCCGCCCAUCAGUGGUACGUCAGAGUCGAGGCGGAAGCGGAAGCGGAAGGCAAGCAGUGGGCGCUGAAACAUGGCGUGCACAUACACACGCACAGUCAGGAUGACAGCCGGCGCGUGUGUGGUUUCUGCGCUUAUCGCAACAUGUGUGAUGCUGCAGCCCGCGUCGGCCAAGUCGGACAAUUUAAGAGUAAUCACAGAUGGAAACUGGGAGGAAAUCCUGACGGGAGAAUGGAUGAUCGAGUUCUUUGCUCCGUGGUGUCCAGCCUGCCAGCAGCUCCAGCCUGUGUGGAAUGAGUUUGCAGAAUGGGGAGAAGAUUUGGGAGUGAAUAUUGCCAAAGUGGAUGUCACCGAGCAGCCAGGUUUGAGCGGGAGGUUCAUCAUCACAGCUCUCCCAACUAUCUACCACUGUAAAGAUGGUGUGUUUCGGCGGUAUCAAGGAGCCCGAUCUAAAGAUGACUUCCUGAGCUUCAUUGGUGAGAAGAAAUGGCAGAGCAUAGAGCCGGUCUCUUCCUGGUUCGGCCCCUCAUCCUUCCUGAUGAACGCAAUGUCAGCCCUCUUCAAGUUAUCCAUGUUCAUCAGGCAUUGCCAUAAUUACUUAACGGAGCAGCUGGGCGUCCCGGUUUGGGGCUCGUAUGGGAUAUUUGCUCUAGCAACACUCAUCUCAGGAUUGGUCCUUGGAUUGAUACUGGUUUUCAUCGCAGAUUUUGCGUUCCCAUCACGCCGGUUUGCACCAGAUUAUCACUACAGGAAACUGCCUGCUGGGCAGGUACGUCUCCUGCAGCAGUUGGAAGAUGAACAGGAAGCAGAUGGAGAGGAAGAGGAUGAUGACGAUGAUUACGGUGGAAAGACUGAAGAGUGGCGGCGAGCGGAUGGAGCCGAUGCGCUCAGGAGAAGAGGUGUGGGUGUGCCGGAGGAGGACACCUAGUAGACUGGAGAGGAACGGCCUCUCGCUCACUGCACAAAACCACCACACAAACUGCAGCGCUCAUUGAGCUUGGUGAUGUCACGUGUGAUGUCAUAGCUCCCUCUGAAAGAUUGAUGUGGUUGUGCUUUUCUCUCUUUCUUGCCGCUAGUUUGUGUGUUUUCUCUUUUCCUCCUGUCCAGUUUUAAUUAUUACACUCCUUGUUAUGCAGUAUCUCUAGAGUGUGUGUGUGUGUGUGUGUGUGUGUGUGUGUGUG